AUGUUUGACUUGUCACAUAAUUCAUUUUCUGGAGAUAUUCCAAAUAACCUUAGAGAUCUAAGAGAUCUUCAAGUGCUUAACUUACAAGAUAAUAAUUUAGCUCACUCACCUUCAUCCCCAAAAUUGAGCUUUCUCCCUUCUUUAGCACAUUACAAAGACUUGAGAAUGUUGAAUUUUUAUGAUAAUCCAUUCAUUGAUGGUAAACUUCCUAUCUCGAUAGGAAAUCUCUCUAUUUCUCUAGAAGAAUUAGAUGUUUCACAUUGCAACAUUCGAGGCAACAUUCCAAGAGAGAUUGGCAACUUAAUCAAUUUGAUCAACUUGUAUAUAGCUAACAACGCACUGAUUGGAACUAUUCCCACCACAAUCGAAAGAUUAGAAAAGUUGCAACGUCUCUUUCUUGACGACAAUACGUUAGAAGGAUCCAUUCAGUUCGAGUUAUGUCAUCUGAAGAAUUUAGGUUACUUGUAUCUCAUAGGUAACAAAUUAUCUGAACCAAUACUAGAAUGCUUGGGUGAUAUCGUUUCUCUUAGGCAUCUAUAUUUGGGCUUCAAUGAGUUUGCAAACUCAAUACCCUCAACCUUCACAAGGCUUAUAGAUAUCUUGCAACCAAAUUUAUCUUCCAAUUUUCUUAGCGGGGCUCUCCCAAUUGAUAUUGGAAGAAUGUAUGGGUCUAUACUAGAGUUAUUUGGUGGGCUGAUAGGAUUGGAAUUCUUGGAUUUAUCAAGGAAUAAUUUCUUUGGAAUUAUUCCAAAGUCCUUACAAAAACUCUUGCAUCUCAAGUAUUUGAAUGUCUCAUACAAUAGACUCCGAAGAAAGCAUUCAAUGCAAAAAAUUGGUCGAGAAAAUUCGAUUGGUUUAGCAAUUUGGAGAAGAAUUUCAUACCAAGAGCUUCAUCAAGCCACAAAUGGAUUUUGUGAUAGCAAAUUACUUGGUGCGGGGAGUUUUGGCUCAAUAUACCAAGGUACGUUUUUAGAUGGACUGAACAUAGUCAUAAAAGUCUUUAAUUUGGAGGUAGAAGGAUCAUUUAAAAGCUUUGGCGUUGAAUGCGACUUCUUGCGCAACAUUCGCCACGGCAAUUUAGUCACAAUCAUCAGUAAUUGCUACAAUGUUGAUUUUAAAGCCUUGAUACUUGAGUUCAUGCCUAAUGGAAGCCUAGAGAAGUGGUUGUAUUCUCAUAACUACUUUCCUGAUAUCUUGCAUAGGUUGAACAUUAUGAUUGAUGUGGCAUCUCCAUUUGAUUACUUCUAUCACGGUGAUUUUGGCAUUGCAAAGCUGUUAGGUGAAAAAGAUUCAAAGGUACAAACCAUAACACUAGCAACAAUUGGGUAUAUGGCAUCAGAAUACGAAACACAAGGAGUUGUUUCCAUAAAAAACGAUGCGUACAGUUUUGGUAUUCUUCUAAUUGAAACCUUAACAAGAAAAAAGCCCACAGAUGAAAUUACCAAGGAGCGAGAACAUUUUGCAAUAAAGGAUUGUGCAUUGUCUAGUUUGCAAUUAGCGUUAGAAUGUUCAAAAGAGUUGCCAGAAGAGGGGAUUGACAUGAAAAAUGUUGUUGCUAAGCUGAAGAAGAUCAAAAUCAAGUUUUUGAAGGAUUUGAAUAGGUAG